GAGUAACAGACACUCGGUGGGGGCUUCACAGAGUGCUUCUCCAGGGUGCUCCAGUAGGAGCUCUCUGACUAAUGGGGAGCUGCCUGAGGAGCAGAGCCCAGCGCCGGGUUCCUCCGCUCACCGUCUCUCCUCUAAGAGUGCUGGAAGUCCAGGAAACAGCGCAGACAAAGUAGAGUUGUCGUCAAAUGGGCCAGAGAGCAGUCACGGCGGUGUGGCCUGUCACACGCCUCCUCCACUCGCGCCGUCGUGCGUAUCCCCGGCUGCCGGUGGCGGCAGCAGCAGCAGCAGCAGUCCUCCUCCAGGACAGGACGUUCUGUGUCCAGCAGGUCCAGCAGAGCCCGGUCUGAACUCCAUGCCCAGCACCAGCAGCAGCACGGAGCAGACGAGCAGCAACACGACGACAGAGUCCCUCCCUGCAGGUUGGGAGCAGCGAGUGUUGCCUCAUGGCAGAGUGUACUACGUCGACCACAACACCAAAACCACAACCUGGGAGAGACCACUGCCUCCAGGGUAGGCAUGUUCAUGUGUUCAUCUGUGCUUU